AUGGCGUUGCGACUCUCAUUGGUGGCAGUCCUACUCCUGUUAUCGGCGGCUAGUACUACUACGACAACAGCAGUUGCUGCUCAAGCCCUGCCAGCUGACUGCUCAGACAAGUGCGGCAAUCUCACAAUUCCAUAUCCAUUUGGCAUGAAGAAGCAGGAUUGUUACCUGCGAGAAGAAUUCUUUAUCAAUUGUAGCCAUAACACCCAAUCACCAGUGGCAUCUUUGAUGGAAGGGAGUCUCAUUGUUACUAACAUUUCCCUUGAUGACGGUGAGUUGGGAAUAUUGGGCUCCGUAGCUGCAGAUUGCUGUAACGCCCAGGGCAAUUUGACGUGCAGCUUCCCUUCUUCGCUCAGCCUGCCUCUUCCUUACACGAUCUCCAGUUCCAAAAACAAGUUCUAUGCCGUUGGUUGUGACGGUCGUGCAAUUAUACAAGGUUUCCGUGGAGAAGAAGAGUUGAUUACCGGGUGCAUAUCCUUAUGCAACAGCCUUGACAACGUCGAUAAGAACUCUUGCUCCGGCGUUGGGUGUUGCCAGACUAACAUCCCCUGUGGACUAAAGAAUACGACGGUCAAGGUGGAUAGCUACAAAAAUAAUUUCAGAGUAAGGGAUUUUAACCCCUGCAGCUACGCCUUUAUUGUAGAACAAGGCCAGUUUAAUUUCUCCCCUGCGAGUUUUAAAGAGCUGAAAAACACUGAAAAGCUUCCAAUGGUUCUUAAUUGGGCAAUAGGGAAGGACACAAAUCCCUGUAAUGAAGCUCAAAAGAGGAAAGAUUUCAUAUGCACGGCUAAUAGCAGGUGCGUCAACCCUAACAGGGGGUCAGUAGGUUACUUGUGCCGGUGCUUGCCUGGUUAUGAAGGAAACCCUUACCACCCAGAUGGUUGCCAAGGGCUUCAAACCCCUGCCAGAACGGACGGUGCUUAA